AUGGUUGCUUUGAAAUCUGUCUUACUUCUCUUGGCCCUAGGCACCGAGAGUCUGGUGGCCUCUCAGAGCGUCAUCUGUCAGAGUAAACUCGGCACCAAGAGUAUCCCUGCCAGCAAGAUUCCCCGGGCAGCAACAACCAUCCAUAACAAAUUAACAGUCCUGAAGAAGGUCAUCCGCAAAGUCAACGUCGUCGUGGUUCCCAGACCCACUACUACUACGUCCACUGAGGUCAAGACGAUUACCGAGACAACACAGGCUGAUCCUGAUAUCGAAACCGCGAUUGAGACAAAGACAGAUACGACGACUACUAUCGAGGUUCGACUUCAUACCGCGGCCUCUAUAUCAACGUCCUUUACGACAACGACAAGAUAUUCCACCACGAGAAUUAUCCCAACCCCUGCUGGCUUCGUCCCUGCCAAGGGGCCUGACUGGCGGCCCAAGAUCAAGGCGAGAGAUGCCCUCAAAGGCAGAGCUGCACCCGCUGUUCUCCCAGCUGAACUGCAGUCGGACCCCGAGUAUGUUCAGCGCAUCGACUGUACAAAGAAAGUCUCAACUACGUUCAUCAAAGCCACAACCAUCACUGUGAAGGGGACCCGCGUAACCGCCAAUCCCGAGACCAAAACGAAAUUCGUCACAUCAACUACGACUACAAUCGAGACUCAGUAUCCUCCAAAGGUGACCGAGACUUCAUUCGAAACUACUAUUUCUACAGUCACCGGAUAUGAAGACCGCACCGAGACCGCUACUGCCACUGAAUUAGGCAUGUCCACACUUAUAUCCAAAUAA